AUGAAUAGUCUAUUGAAUCAACCUUUCACCAGACGUAUACCAGCUUCUUGGUAUCGUUUCGUAUGGUUCAUGAGUGCACUUGGUAUUGCUUGUUUCUCUGUCAUUGCUGGACAAGCAUACACCAGUUUAUACCUCUCAACUUUACCUCAUACUUCUUUAGAUGCAGGUACUUGGGUUUAUUCAUGGAUUAUCACCGUACAAUUAUUAUCAUAUAUCUCACUAUAUAUCUUAAGUUCAAAAGUUCGUUCGAGAGCUUUGUUGUUUGUAUACAAAUUGUUCUUUCAGUUGGUAUUACAGACAUAUACUCGGAAUUUGUUCGCUCGUCUUCGUUCACCAUCACAAUUCGCAACGGUCCAAUUACUUUCUUCCAUUUCAGUGAUAAUUCUUUUUCCUCUUCAAAUGACAAAACAAUAUCAUCGAUUACUUCAAAUAUUCAUUGGUUAUCCUCAAAGUUGGGAAGAACAUUCCGAUAGUUUAGCGACUACUUUUUAUUGUCGUGGUUUAGCACAAAAUGUUACUAUGGUAGGUUUUUUAGGUUGGUUGAGUAUAUUACAUUUCGGACCUAAUCAACAAAUUUACCCCUUCUUUAGAUUUUCACCCACACCUGAUGAUCCUUACACUUAUUCAUUAACUUUCACAGCUUCUCUAGUCAUUUGGGGAUCAGAAUUGAUAAGUUCGUUCAUCGCCAGACAAAUAAUGUCUUUUUCGUUCGACGUAGACGUCACGAAUGUAGGAUUGAACGAAAUGAGAGAAUAUCCAGAAUUAGUACCUGCUUGCGGUAUGUUCUUUCCUCCUUUCCCUCUUUAA